GCUUCAUUUGGCCCAGUACCUGACAUAAGGGCAAAGAGGCGAUUUCCUCAAUGCCCCAAUCUCCCCAAUCUCCCAAACCCUAGCUGAGCACAAAUCUCAAUUCAGGCGCUCGAUUACUGGGUUCGCCUCGCACCGAUCUCACCUGUUGUUCAGACAUGAAGGCUUGCAAGCAGAUCGCAGCCAUGGGAGCCACCGCCACCACGGACGAGGCCGACAGCAAGUUGGCAGCGAAGAGCGAUGCAAUCCAAUUGAGGAAGGGGAAGAAUGCCAAGGGCAAGCUGGCGGUGAAGAGCAAUGGAAUAGAGAAGCCCAAGACCCAUGACCUUUCCAAUGUUACACGCGGGUUGGCGGUGAUGAACAUUUCACUGGACAUGUCAGAGGAUGAAUUUCUUGGACUGGUCACCUACCAGAACAUCUUCUGGAUGGGCAACUUCAAAGGCGUGUAUGACAAGCCGUCCGUAGAUGCUAUUCGUAGGAAAGCUGCUGAAAACUGGAAAUUCUUUAGCGAUUCGGAGAAGGCCCCUUAUGUAGCCAAGGGACGUGUGAACAAAAUGCACAUCGCUGAGGCUCAUGAGUACUGCAAGACACUGAAGUUGAAGCGCGUGAUGAUAAACAGGAUGAUGAAUCUGAAAAUGUGAACACACCAGAUCUCUAACAUGUGUUUCAAUAGAAACGCCUUCGUAGAUCCCGCAAUUACUGCAACCAACUCCACAACCUAAUUCUGUCUGGGCCAGCACUUGGAGGGUUUGGAUGUAGGUGCAGUUCAAGCUGCCAUAUGGACAAUACCAGUGUUAAAUAUGUGUGCUCCUGGCUUUAGAUGUUGAACUCUUUCUGCAUAUUGCGAUGUUUGCUUGGUAAUGUUGGACUCCCCUAGCGUAAUAUCUAGGGUUUCCUAUCCUCCGACGGCGACCCCGUCGAGAGUCUGCAAUUCUCUGCCAUCACGCAUGGCAUCGUCGAAGGAUCCCGCCGGGGAGACGGGUGGUUCUAGGACAGCAGAUCCACACGCUGCUCCCGGGAAGGAAGCUCCGUCUGAGGCCGUGUCGGGUUCUCGAAGCUCUGUGGAGGAUCUGCUAGGGCGGCUCAAUCUGGAGGAAGAAGAAGACGCAGGUUUCGUCUGGGAGGAUGAAGUGAACGAGCCGGAUGAAAAGGCGAAGUGGCUGGCCAUUGCGAAGGUUCACACGAACCGUGGCUUCAGCCCUAGCGCGUUGUUUGCAGAUAUGCGAUCGGCGUGGAAUUCUGCUCAGGAUGUGACGUGGAGGAAGAUUGAAGACAAUUUGUUUACGAUCCAAUUUACGUGUCUUGGUGAUUGGAAUAAAGCGAUGAAUCAAGGCCCUUGGGUAUUCCGAAACCAGGCGGUGAUAAUAGAAGAAUACGAUGGAUUCUCAAACCCUAGAUCGAUGAUCUUGGAUAAAAUUACGGUUUGGGCUCAGGUAUUAAAACUGCCAUAUAUGUUGCUGAAGGAACCUAUUAUCCGUGGUAUAUGUAAAAACAUGGGAGAGAUCAAGGAAAUCCAAAUUAAAUUGCUAGCUGGAUAUGUGGGUGAAUUUGUAAGGAUUCAGGUGAGAAUUGAUGUGAACAAGAAGCUUACUAGAUUUGUA